AUGGUACACAACGUGCUUCAAACUAUCGCGGAGAUGUUGGUUGUACUAUCGUACACUUUUGUUGUGCUUGUUAUUACCACAUCCAAAGCAAAAGUAUUCAAGAACGCGUUUUACUCGAUAUUUCUAGCAACAGGGAUUGCCGACAUUGCGUCCCUAUUCUCAUGCUGCUUCAUCCGACUCAACCGUGAACUUGGUCUCAAUGAAGAUUUUGAAACCAUAGUUGUGAUCUGUCUCACAGCUAGCGCUGUAGCAUUUGCUGCGCACAUGAUUGGUAAUGUGCUUAUUGCUGUCAAUCGAUACACUGCUAUAUGCCUCAGCAAAAAGUAUGACGUGAUUUGGACAAGAAAGAGAGUGUGGACAGCAGUAUUCAUCCAGUACGUCGUAUCUCUUUUGGCUUUCAUCCAUAUCGCUGGCACAAAGAUGCUCUAUAUCCACAACAAUGACGGAACGGUCAUCCUCAAGGGGUUCCAGAAACACGUCGAGCUUAUUGUCAGGUCUACAUAUGUUGGAGCCUGCACAGUUUAUGCGAUAGUGUGUCUCAGUGUCAACGCAAGACUGCUAUUCGAAUGGAAUCGAUUGUCACAAUCUGGCGGUUUAAAACAGUCUCACCACGAGAGGAGUUUGUUUGUCUAUACCAUCUUGGUGUUUAUAUGUUCAAUACUACUGUGCACUCAGCAAGUCGCAAAGGCCAUCGCUACCUUCACCAACAAUGAUGGUAUGAAUUUAUGGGUGACAGCGCAG